AGUCCCGGCGGCGGCUGGGGCGGCGACGGACUCGCCAGUCCCAACAGCAGCGGGUCCGAGGCGCAGCUGGAUCCCGCCAUGGAACAGCCCAGGAAGGCGGUGGUGGUGACUGGGUUCGGCCCUUUUGGGGAACACACUGUGAACGCCAGCUGGAUUGCAGUCCAGGAGCUGGAGAAGCUGGGUCUUGGUGACAGCGUGGACCUGCACGUGUAUGAGAUUCCGGUUGAGUACAAAACGGUGCAGAGGCUCAUUCCCGCCCUGUGGGAGAAGCACAGUCCCCAGCUGGUGGUGCAUGUGGGGGUAUCGGGCAUGGCGACCACAGUCACACUGGAGAAAUGUGGACACAACAAGGGCUACAAGGGACUGGACAACUGCCGCUUCUGUCCUGGCUCUCAGUGCUGCGUGGAGGACGGGCCUGAGAGCAUCGACUCCAUCAUUGACAUGGAUGCUGUGUGCAAGAGGGUCACCACGCUGGGUCUGGAUGUGACAGUGACCAUCUCACAGGAUGCCGGCAGGUACCUGUGUGACUUCACCUACUACACCUCCCUGUACCAGAGCCACGGCCGGUCGGCCUUCGUCCACGUGCCCCCGCUGGGCAAGCCCUACAACGCCGACCAGCUGGGCAGGGCGCUGCGGGCCAUCAUCGAGGAGAUGCUGGACCUCCUGGAGCAGUCAGAAGAGAAAAUCAACUACUGCCACAAACACUGAGAGCCGCAGGCCUCCCAAGACCUCCUCCCGUUGGGCCCCAAGAGGGAUGUCCUCCCUCGGGCCUGGCCAGGAAGACAAGCCGUCGUCCCGGGUCACCCAGCUCCUCUCUCUCUGCAGAAGCUCCGGUGGACUUGAAGCAGAGGCUGGGACUUCUCCUGUUCCCCUGUGCACUGGGGGACACAGCCGCCACAGCCAGGAGGUCAACCAGUGGGCCCGGACGUCCAGAGAAUCUUGGUCAGGUGGCCCGUGCUCUGUGACCUCCGGCCGGGCCGCCUGCUCAUCUGCCUUCCACGUCUGUGGGUGGAGGAGAGCGAGCCCCUGGCUCCUGGCUGGUUUGUCUCAAAUUUAAGUCUCAUGAAGAGUCUCAGCCGAAAACUGUCCCCAAAGCUUGGGUGGCCCCAGAUGAGACUGCCCUGGGAUGUGGCUGGUUUUCUUUUCUCUUUUUGAGGACAGUCGUGUGAGCUGGGAGCCGAGAGCGAUUGCUAACCCUUGGCUCAGCCGAG